GUCAGUUCAUUUUCUGUCCAGAAAGUGAGUUUCAUUUCAUCUCAACGUUGUUGGCGUUUGCUGUGAUCAUCUUCGGUUUUCAUACAAUUUUUAAAAUGGUGGGGAAACAGGGGAAAGUUCUUGGUCUGUGCGUUCUACUCGUUAUCUCGUCGGUCCAAGGUCGCACCGUCGUCAAUCCAAAUGCAAGAGGAGGAGGUGCCGAUCCGAGAGACCUGUGGGGACUGGUCAACGUCUGGGAAGGUGACGACACGGGAAAUGUUCCCCCCGAACUAUGCAACCAAUUGAAGGGACACCACUACCCACCCACCAACAUUCUGCAACCUAACCAAUGGGGGGGAUAUCCCGGAAACAGUUUACCAUACCGACCCCCACGACCUGACACUCCAGGAGGAGGCGGAUAUACGGAAGGAAUUCACUCCAGUAAUGAAUUUGGAGGAUUUGCACCUGUAUCCGCACCUUACAUUCCACGACCAGCAGUUGACCCAGGGUACGUCCCACGACCAGCCGUUGACCAACCUUACGUUCCAAGACCAGCCGUUGAUCCAGGGUACGUUCCAAGACCAGCCGUGGACCAACCCUACGUUCCACGACCAGCCGUUGACCAACCUUACGUUCCACGACCAGCCGUUGAUCCAGGGUACGUCCAACGACCAUCCGUUGAAUCAGGGUACGUUCAACGACCAGCAAUUGUCCCAGGCGUCCCAUCCUAUCUCGCAACAGGAGGUUCUUCUGCCUACAACCAAGCCCAAAACAGUGCCGAGCAUACCGCAUUUGAGCAAAAUAAGCAAUCUUCUUCCCAGUCUUCUGGAUCAUCCAAUAACUACUACGGGGCAGCUAAUGGAGGAAUGCAGCAUGGAUUCGGGGGAAAUAAUCAAUUCGUCUCCGCACAAGGAAAUCAGUUUCAAACAUCCGAUUCUAGCAAGGAAUCCAACAAAUUUGAAUCCCAAAAACAGUCCAACUCUGCAUCAUCCGGUCAAACGGGGGCGUAUUAUGGAGCUACGGGCGUAAAUAAUGUACCGUACCGACCUUACGGACAGUCUCAAGUCGUUGCGGCGGAAGGUUCCCAAUUCCAAAUGUCUAACUCUAACAAGGAGUCAAUCAAGGCUGAAUCACAGAAGGAAUCCAGUAGCGCGUCUUCCGGUCAAACGGGGGCAUAUUAUGGGGCAGCAGGUGGCUACAAUCCUUACCGACCAUCCGGAGCGUCCCAAGUCGUUGCCGCUGAAGGAUCACAGUUCCAAACUUCUGACUCAAGCAAGGAAUCCACCAAGUUUGAAUCUGACAAGCAGUCCAGCUCAGCUUCUUCUGGACAAACGGGGGCGUAUUAUGGAGCCACUGGGGUAAAUGCUGUACCUAAUCGACCAUACGGAGCGUCACAAGUCGUUGCAGCAGAGGGAUCACAAUUCCAAACCUCAGAUUCUAGCAAAGAGUCCAUCAAAUCUGAAUCUAACAAAGAAUCUUCCAGUGCAUCAUCCGGUCAAACGGGGGCGUAUUAUGGAGCCACUGGGGUAAAUGCUGCACCUUAUCGACCUUACGGAGCAUCCCAAGUCGUUGCCGCCGAAGGUGCACAAUUUCAAACCUCCGACUCAAGCAAAGAAUCCACCAAGUUUGAAUCUGACAAGCAAUCCAGUUCGGCCUCUUCUGGACAAACGGGGGCGUAUUAUGGAGCCACCGGGGUAAAUGCUGGCUCUUAUCCGACUUACGAAGCGUCCCAAGUCGUAGCAGCAGAAGGGGCACAAUUCCAAACAUCUAACUCUAACAAAGAGUCCAUCAAAUCAGAAUCUAGCAAAGAAUCCGCCAGUGCUUCAUCCGGUCAAACGGGAGCAUAUUAUGGUGCCACCGGGGUAAAUUCUGCACCUUAUCGACCAUACGGAGCGUCCCAAGUCGUCGCUGCCGAAGGUGCACAGUUUCAAACUUCUGACUCAAACAAAGAAUCCACAAAGUUUGAAUCUAACAAGGAAUCUGCUAGCGCCUCAUCCGGCCAAACUGGAGCAUAUUACGGUGCCACCGGGGUAAAUGCUGCACCUUAUCGUCCAUACGGAGCAUCCCAAGUCGUUGCAGCAGAAGGAGCACAAUUCCAAACGUCCGAUUCCAGCAAAGAAUCCAUCAAAUCUGAAUCUAACAAAGAAUCCGCCAGUGCAUCAUCCGGCCAAACUGGAUCAUAUUACGGUGCCACUGGAGGAAGUGUACCUUAUGCAGGAUCACAAAUCGUAGCUGCUGAAGGGGCCCAAUUUCAAAACUCUGCUUCCUCCGCAGAAUCAACUAAACUCGAGCAAAGCAAAGAACAUGCCUCCUCCUCUUCUGGCUCACAAGGACAAUUCGUCUCCGCCGAAACGAGACCUUCCUACUUCCCCCAACAAGUCAGUGCUGGACAAGCCUCACAAUUCCAAACUUCCGACUCGAGCAAGGAAUCCUCCAAGUUUGAGCAGAACAAGGCCUCUUCAUCCUCCUCGUCUGGGUCGGAAGGAGCAUAUGUUGCCGGUGUCAAUGGUGGCUACGGAAAUUCUGGCUUUGUCUCUGCCGGACAAGGGUCACAAUUCCAAAACUCUGCCUCCAGCUCGGAAUCAAUCAAAUCUGAGAGUUCAGCCGAGCACUCGACCUCCGCUUCCGGGUCCAACUCCCAAUUCGUAGCUGCUGCUGAUGGUGGUGGGUCCUUUAAUCCGUACGUCGCAGGAGCCGCUUCUUCUGGUACAAAUUUCGAAACUUCCAGCGUGGACAAAGAAUUAACCAAGUUUGAUGCAGAAAAAUCUUCUUCAUCCAGCUCCCAAGGAUCGUCACAAGCAUAUGUUGGUCUGGAUCGGCCAGAAUCGGCCCCCUUGGUGGCAGCUGGGUCCAAUAACGCCCCCGUCUUCGUGAGUGCACCGCACCCCGAAAUUCUCAGGUAUGACUGCACCGCCUGCAGGAACAAUGUCGCCCCAGCACCACGUUGGCGAAACUGAUGAGCACAACUCAAACUUUUUUGGACUAACAAAAAACGUGACGGUAUUUCAAAUAAUUUAGUUUGUUACA